GAACAAGAAAUCAGAAAGUUAGCAAAGCAGGGACAGAAGGAAGCGUGUGGUGUGUUGGCCAAACAGCUACUACAGUUGCGAAAACAGAAAGCCAAAAGUCUGAAUAUGGGUGCUCGGAUGAAUGCAAUCAGUGCCAAAAAUAGAGAAAUGUACAGUAUGGGACGAAUGGCUGAUGCGGUUGGCAAGACGACGGAUACGAUGAAAGUGAUGGAAAAACAGUUACCACCGGAAAAGCUGGCUAAAAAUUUGGACGAAUUUACAAGAGCGCAGGAACGCCUUGGUGUUACUGACGAGUGA